AUGUGGAUUUUUGAGUAUGAUAUAUUAUCAUUUUGGAAAUUAUGCUGAAAAAUUGACGAAUUACAGAGAGGAUAGUGAAAUUGAAAACUUGAACGAGCUACUGGAAAAUAUGUCUUCUGAUAAUGAUCGAUUAACAAUUCAGUGUGUUGAAAUGAAAGCGCAGCUGAAGAAAGAAAGAAUUCAAAUCAGGGAUCUUAAGUUUGAAAUUGAUAGACUUCAAAGAACGAAUAGAAUCUCAAUAUUCUGCCCAAAAGUUCGACGAAUUCAUCAAAAAUAUGAGAAGAUUCUCAGAACUGAUUAUGAUUCUCUACUUCCAAAAAUAAUAGCAAAUAUUGACAGGUUUGCUCAUAAUAACCUGGUAGAUUUAAGUAUGUAUAUGAAAUAUUUUCAGAUUAAUUCAAAGUCAACCAGAAUCCAAUGAAGAUUUGAUUAUGAUGGUGGUGAAAGUUUUGAAUUUCAAAAAAGGAAUUGAUGAAUAUUUGAGAAAAGUGAAUGAAGAUUAUUGGAGAAUUGAGAGAAAUCCGUGUAUUUUGAUGGAAAAUUUGGGGAAUGAAGAGGUUGAAAUGUUUCCAAGUGAUGAAUUCAUGGAAAAUAUUCGAAAAUUGAUGGCUGAUAAUAAUUUCGAUAUCAUUUGA